AUGGGUAUAGUAGGAGACGAUUUUUUCGUGAAAACGAAUAAAUUCAAAUACCUUGGGUCCGUGCUGCACGAAUCGGGUGAAAUCGAUCACGACGUCCAAGCCCGAAUUAGCGCUGCUUGGGCAAAAUGGCGAGAAGUAACCGGUGUCCUCUGCGACCCCAGGAUACCGGUGAAGCUAAAGGGCCUUGUGUACAAGAGCAUCAUCCGACCAGUCCUACUAUAUGGUAGCGAGACCUGGCCUGUCCUCGGAAGGCAUGUCCAGCAGCUUCACGUCACGGAGAUGAAGAUGUUGCGAUGGAUGUGUGGCGUUACGCGACUAGAUCCCAUACGUAACGAGCACAUCCGUGGCAGCCUCGGAAUCCGUGACGUAGCGGAUAAGCUGCAGGAAAGUCGCCUCCGAUGGUAUGGCCAUAUACGCCGCAGACCGGUAGACUACGUCGGAAAUAGAUGCCUCAAUCUCACUGUCCAAGGCCCUAGAUCACGCGGCCGCGGUAGGCCUAAGAAGCGCUGGCUGGACGUCGUGACAGCGGACAUGGGAGAGAACAAUCUCACACCUGAGGAUGCCGAAGACCGGGCAAAGUGGAGAAGACUGAGCAGGAAAGCGGACCUGGCGCUAGGCCGGGAAAACGCCAGAUUGAAGAAGACAUGCCUAUUGAUAAUUGUAUAG